GGGCAGGUUCUAAGAUGACCCUGAAGAGGUACCUGGUGAAGGCCCUGCACCGCCUGCAGAAGGGCCCCGGCUACACCUACCGGGAGCUCCUGGUCUGGUACUGCAACAACACCAACACCCACGGGCCGAAGCGCAUCAUCCGCGAGGGGCCCAAGAAGAAGUUUAUGUGGUUCCUGCUGACCCUGCUCUUUGCCUCCCUGGUGGCCUGGAAUUGGCGCACCCUCAUCAACGACUACCUCUCCUACAAUGUCACCUCCUCCCUGGCCAUCGGCUUCAAGAGCCUGACCUUCCCGGCUGUCACCAUCUGCAGCGCCAGCCCCUACAAAUAUUCCAAGGUGAAGGGCCGCCUGAAGGACUUGGACAGCCUCAUCCACGAGGCCCUUGAGCGGCUGCUGCUCCCGGAGCCCCAGAACGGGACUCUGGGGCCCCCCACCAAUGCCAGCCGGGACCUGAACAUGGAGCUGUGGAGGCAACUCCCCCUGGUGGUGAUCGACGAGAGCCCCGAGGGGGGUCCCCCACUGGUCACGGACAUCCUGGACGGCCACGAAGGGCUCCCCACGCCCGCCCCUGCUGUCACUGCCUCCGAAGCUCCCACCCGCAAGCUGGCUGUCAAACUGUGCAGGCAGAACGGCACCGAGUGCGAGUACCGGAACUUCACCAGCACCGUUGAGGCAGUGACCGAGUGGUACGUCCUGCAGUCCACCAGCAUCCUGGGCAACAUGUCCCUGCAAGACAAGAUGGCAGCCGGCUACCAGCGCAAGGACAUGAUCCUGGCUUGCCUCUACGGGGCCCAGCCCUGCAAUGUCACCAAAGACUUCACUCGUUUCUACCACCCCGACCACGGCAACUGCUACGUCUUCAACUGGGGCAUGAUGGAGAAGCCGCGCAUGUCCUCCAAUCCGGGGGCAGAGUUUGGGCUGAAGCUGAUCCUGGACAUCAACCAGACGGACUAUUUGCCCUUCCUCACCUUGACCGCCGGGGCCCGGCUGAUGCUGCACGACCAGUGGAGCUUCCCCUUCCUCAAGGACGAGGGCAUCUUCGCCAUGGCCGGCACCGAGACCUCCAUCGGCGUCAUGGUGGAUGAGCUGCAGCGCCUGGGGUCUCCCUACAGCGACUGCACAGCCAACGGGUCCGACAUCAGCAUUAGGAACCUCUACGAGGACUACAGAACUGCAUAUUCCAUCCAGGCCUGCCUGCGCUCCUGCUUCCAGCAGCAGAUGGUGGACCAGUGUGGUUGUGGCCACUCCGCUUUCCCUCUGCCCGAUGGACACAAGUAUUGCAACAACAACGACUAUCGUGAUUGGGCCUUCUGCUACUCCUUCCUGCGCAGGAAUCUCACCCAAAGGCAGUUCUGCAUUGAUUCUUGUAAGGAGACCUGCAACAACACGCAGUACAAAAUGACCAUUUCCAUGGCAGACUGGCCCUCUGAGGCCUCUGAGGACUGGAUUUUCCGCAUUUUAUCCUUCGAGAGGGACAAGUCGCAAACCGUCACCCUGAACAGAAGCGGCAUCAUCAAGCUGAAUAUCUAUUUCCAAGAGUACAACUACCACACCAUCUCGGAGGCAGCCAAGACCACGAUUGUGUGGCUCCUCUCCAGCCUGGGGGGCCAGUUUGGCUUCUGGAUGGGGGGCUCCGUCCUGUGCCUCAUUGAAUUCGGAGAAAUCAUCAUUGACUUCCUGUGGAUCAGCAUCCUGCACCUCAUUGCCUGGUGCAAAGGCCAGCCGAAGCAGAGGCCAGCCAAGGCCCCCCGCGGCCCCCCUCCCACCAUGGCACGGCAGGUGGAGGCCCACCACAACCCAGCCUUCCAGGGCGACGAGGCGGCUGCAGACAGCCAGGAGGCCGAAGAGGCGUGCGAGCCGGGCACCCCCCCGCCCAACUACGACUCCCUGCGCGUGGCCACGGUGGACUUGGGGAACCUGGACAGUGACGGGGAGGAGUCCUUAGCAGAGCAGAAAAUAGCGUAA